GGACAUCUUGGGACAUAACCUACCUGCCGCUGCGAGCAUAGAUGCCGCCUCUUGAGAAAUACCUCCUUUUCUCCUAAGAAGGAUUUAAACGCUGCAGGGUCUUUAAAUGCCCGUGUCGCGUGUAAGGCACCUGCGUGGGGUACCCGCGUGCCAAAAUUCCCAAACUUGCCUCAACCUUCCUACCUUUGGCUGGGAGUCCCCUAGGAGUUGUACCUGACAGCCAAUCUCGUCCUCCUACUCAACCAACCUUCCUACCGUUGAACUACUCGGCACCCUGGUUUUAUUUUUGAGGCGCCUAAUAACUUCCUCCUACCCUACCAGCCUUCCUACCGUUGAACUACUUGGGACGCUGGUUUUAAGAGCUCUACUGGAAACAGGUCCAACCCGCUUCUAAGCCAGCCGACUGCCCCAAAGAACUGCUAAUCUCCGGCAACAUUCGCUAAGCCGGCAGCUAUGGCGAGUGCAGCGGUGAUGGUGGAAAGAACUGGAUCAGGGCGCGAACCAACACAAUCCGUCGGCCAUUUUAGUCAUGCAAUAACGGGGACGCCAGAGGACGCAACUGGGUGCGUGGUCGAAUCCCCUCCAGUGAAGGCCGUGCCGUGGACGCGUAUUAAAACCGCCGAGAGUCUUCUGCUCCAGGGGAGGCCCGCAGCAGCAGCAAGGCUGGCGGAACGGCUGCUGGCGCAGCUGCUGAGGCAGCCGCUGAGGGAGGGGAGGCGGGAGAAUGGGGAAGAAAAAGGGGAGGAGACAACUUGGGGUAUGGGGAAGGGGGAGGGGGAGCGGGAGGGAGAAGGAGAUGUGGAUGGGAGGAAGCGUAGGGAGAGCAGUGAAGGGUUGUCUGAGCCAGGCGAAGCAGCAGCAGCAGAGGUGGUGGGAGUGGUGUGGGUUCAGGCCAAUGCCAGAAUGGGCAGGCAUUCUCAGGUUCUAGCUGGGUUCAAGAAACUCUUCGGUGCUCUCUCACACGUGCCUCCGUCCCUCUUCCUCAUCUGGCUUUCCCUUGCCGUUUCUUCCCGGGAGUUCCGCAUGGCUCGGGUAGCCCUAGACGAAUUGCUUACACAGCUGAUGACCAGCACCAGCACCAACGCCACCACACCUGCCACCAGCAGCACCACCGCUCUAUCAAGGCAGAGUGUGUGGGGGGGGGUGGGGAGGGCGUGUGCGCAGGUGUAUAUGUGCACCGUGCUGGUGCAGGGACUGGGGGAUGUCAGUGGGGCGAGGCAGUGGCUCAUGCACGCACGCAUGCAGCAGCAGCAGCAGCAGCAGCAGCAGCAGCAGCAGCAGCAGCAGCAGCAGCAGCAGCAGCAGCAGGGGAAUCAGGGGGGCGUGCCGGCAUCACCACUGUUUUCCCCAUCAGAUCUUGAUUACCUUGAUCAACAGUUAGCCCUGGCAAUCCGCCUCCUCCCAUCCGCCUCACACCCCUCGACCUCCAACCCCCAUCCCACAUCCGGCAACCUAGCUGCACCUGCUACCUCCGCAGCCACGCCCAAUGUUACAGCACCCGAUGCCGCAACGCACGUACCAGGCAGCAGACCCCCCGACUCGUCCGCUUCUACCCUUGCUCGUCCGCAAGCUCCGUUGCAAGGCUCAGCUUCACCAUCGUCACCACCCUUCAUUCAGCAGCAGCAAGAGCAGCAGCAGCAGGGAGAGGAUAGCACAGUGGUUACAGCACUCGAACCUUCGAUUUCCAGAGCACAGCUCAAGACUUCCUCCUCUCUACCCCCACCUUCUCAUCGCCCCGCCUCCUCCUCUUCCCUCUCCGCUUCCACCCGCGCCUCCUCUCGCCUCCCAGCCUGGAUGCUCGCGCUUGUGUGCGCAUCUCAGUCCGCGUCCCGCCAAGCAGUGGCUGUGGCGACUGCGUGCCUGCGUGCGGUGGGGCGGUGCGGGCCGGAGACUGCACUUGUUGCUGCGGCGUGCCUUGCUGUCCUUCUGCUCAUGCGCUUUCGGGCUCAAGCACAGAGGUUUUUCUCUCAAGCCCGCUCGUCCAUGGCUCAAGCAAUGCGGGAUCUCUGGUCGCUCGCCUUUACUGUUAACCUGAGCCCUCUUGCUGUUGCUGCUCAGCCCGCUACUGGAACUGGAACUGCCUUUAGGUAGUGGUCUUUUAUGCAUUCGUCAAGCAUUUGCGGACAUUUUUUGGACUCGGCUUCGCAAUUCUUAUCUAGUUGCCUGACGCAUUAGCUUCGAGGGUAAGACUACCGGUACGUUAUAGAAUGUAUCUGCUAGACCAGUACAAUGUUACUUUUCUGUUACAACGGGACGACCUUGUAAGGAAUUUUCCAUUCCUUAGCGUGCCACACCGUUAAUGCGUACACCGACCCCACACGGCAUCGACAUCCGCCCCAGCUUCGGCCGAACACAGCACCGAACCAUUUCCGCGUCACUCCGAAGCGCUCUGCGUCCUCGGAUGCCUUCUUCAAACCUGUUAGAUCACACGGCUAGGAUUGCUCUGGUGUUCCUAUAUCUUGCUUUG